AUGACAAUAUUUGAAAAUAGAAUCUAUAGAAUAUUGAUAGAAUAUCUUUGGUAUGAUAAUAAGAAGAAUAAAAGAUAUGCAAGAUCAUUAUGUAUGGUUGAUUGGUAUUUUCAUAAAGUUAUAUGUUCUUUGAAUACAACUUGUCGAUUUAAAAAUACUAAAGACUUGGAAGAGUUUAUAAAUAUUUAUCUACAACAACAAACCACAUCAACAUCAUUAUCAUCUGACAAUCUAAAUAGAUGUGCAAUAUUUAAUAAUAUAAAACAAGUAAAUUGUAAAGGUUUUCAGUCAUUCGAUACCGCUUCAAUCAAUUCGGUUUUAAAGAUUGCACCAUCAAUUCGAUCACUUUCAUGUGGAUAUUUCUGUGGUGACUAUCAAGUUUUGGCCAACCGUGCAAUGAAUACACUCGAGUAUUUUGAGAUAACAGUCAAUCCAGCUUAUCCACCAGACUAUGAAAGUUUAAAUCUAUUGUCACCUCAGCUGAAGCGACUCAAAGUAAAGGUGUCUAUGGAUAUUUCCGAUCUCUCUGGAAAUGAUUCACUUAUAACUUUCACAGAGUACUUGUUCUCAGAGCAAUUCCGACAGUUGACAUCGCUAGAGAUAACAGACACCCAUUCAAAUGAUUAUUUCGGAUUUCUACUGUCAGAUCGCUCCAAUUCGAUAUUGUUUGAUGGACUUGUCAAGCUUACUUCACUAGAGCAUUUGGCAUUCAAUUUUAAACCAUCGAUUUUCAAAUUGAGUUCUUCAUUUCAAACAAAACUUCACCAAUAUCUAAUCAACUAUAAACCAUUGCUAAAGAGUUUCGACUGUCCACUUCAACUUAGCAAUAAAGAUUUGAUAGGAUAUCUCUUACAACAAUCAUCUAUCGAACGACUUACUAUCAACUAUGUUUUCAAUAGUUUAUGUGAAGUAACAAGCGAGAAACUUUACAAACUAUCAAUCACGGCUUUAAGUGAUGAAGACCUAUUAAAGUUGGUUAAAGUACCUCAUCUAAAACUGUUAUACUUUAAUUCACCAUAUGAUGUAGCGCUAUUAUUAAACAAUCAAAAACCAUCAUUAUCAUCAGUUGGAAACGGUGGAAACAGAAUUGCAAACAAAGUGUUAAAGUGUAGCUUUAAACUUGAAGAUAAUAAAUACAAUGACAUCUUCCUUGAAGCACUCAAAAAUAACAAAACUCUACAACGAAUACACAUUAAAAUGGUUGAACCUAUGUACACACAAUGUAAUUAUCCAGUGUUUAUUAAACAAAUCGAUGAUAUCAUUAAACAACAUCCAACAAUUAGAAAUUAUAAUAACUGGUUGGUUAGAUAA